CUCCUCACCCCACCAUUCACCGGCGAACCUCACCUACUGCACGAUUCAAUACCACCCUCUCGCUUCCGCGCGCCGUGAUCCACCACAUCACAUGCUUGCCGCCUGCUCAUAGUUCCCUUCCGGCGCCGUCGCCAUGCGCAUCCUCAACCUCUGGAACCUGCUGUCGGCUGCGAGUCUGGCAACAGCAGCCCAGCACCUCCCGCCCCGAAACUACUCGAGCCACGACUACUAUGCCGUCCACAUCGACCCUACCUCGUCGCCGCUAGACGUUGCCGCGCAUCUGGGGUUGACGUACGAAGGCCCCCUCAGUUCGCUCGCUGAGCACCAUGUCUUCAAAGCGCCCAAGCACGACAACGAUAUCAUAGAUGAGGCCAGACAGGAUCUGAAGCGGAGAAGACGGAAGCGCGAGAUUGGAUACGAGAGCCACCCGCUCGACAGCGUGCGCUUCACACAAAAGCAGAAGAUCAAGCCUCGCCACUGGAAGCGCAGUGUGAUUCCUGAGCGACAGGACCGAGCUGGCAUCCAAAUAACGGAUGCCAUCAGGACGCAACGCGAGAUCGCAGGCAAGCUCGAGAUUCACGACCCCAUCUUCGAGGAACAGUGGCACAUCUUCAACGUGAAGGACACCAGGCAACGACAUCAACGCAUAACCGGCAAGGGUGUGACGGCUUGUGUGGUUGACGAUGGUCUGGACUACGACAGCAACGAUCUCAAGGACAAUUUCUUUGCCGAAGGCUCCCACGACUACAACGACCACGAAGACCUGCCCACCCCGAAACUGUCCGACGACAGACACGGUACCAGAUGCGCUGGAGAGAUCGCUGCUGGAAGAAACGACGCCUGUGGUGUCGGACUGGCAUACGACGCGAAGAUUUCGGGUGUGCGCAUCCUGUCAGGCGACAUUACGGACAUGGACGAAGCCCUGGCCAUCAACUACGAGAUGCAGAAGAACUUCAUCUACUCGUGCUCAUGGGGUCCUCCAGACGAUGGCAAGACUAUGCAGGCGCCAGGUAUUCUUAUUGAGAAGGCCAUGGUCACUGCCGUACAACAAGGACGCGGGGGCAAGGGCUCCAUCUACGUGUUCGCUGCCGGCAACGGUGCUGCUAGCGACGACAACUGCAACUUUGACGGCUACACCAACAGCAUCUACAGCAUCACGGUCGGCGCAAUCGAUAAGAACAACCAGCAUCCGUAUUACUCUGAAGCUUGUUCCGCCCAGUUGGUUGUCACUUACAGCAGUGGCGGCGGUGACUCUAUCCACACCACGGACGUCGGUGCAAACAAGUGCACAAGCCAGCACGGAGGCACGUCUGCGGCUGGACCCAUUGGUGUUGGAGUGUAUGCGCUCUUGCUUGAGGCGCGUCCCGAUCUCACAUGGCGCGACGUUCAAUGGCUCACAGUCAUGACUGCCGUUCCAUUCGAUACCCCGAGCGACUGGACAAAGACCGCCCUCGAUCGCAUGUACAGCCAUCAGUUUGGAUACGGAAAGCUCGAUGCAUGGGCCAUUGUCGAAAAGUCAAAAGACUGGAAGCUCGUCAAGCCACAAGCAUGGUUCUGGUCACCCUGGAUGCACGUCAAGAAGGCCAUUCCUGAAGGCGAUCACGGUCUCGCCAGCGUGUUUGAAGUCACAGCCGAUAUGCUCAAGGAAGCCAACCUCGAGCGCGUCGAGCACAUUACACUCACAAUGAACGUCAAGCAUCAGCGCCGUGGCGAUCUGCUUGUCCAACUUCACUCACCUACUGGAAUGAUCAGUCAUUUGUCUACAGCUCGACGAGACGACGAAGACAUCCGCGGCUACCAGGACUGGACCUUUAUGUCUGUUGCUCACUGGGGCGAAUCUGGCGUGGGCAACUGGACCGUGAUCAUCAAGGACGUCAUCUCCGGAAACAACAAGAAGGGCACAUUCGUCGAUUGGAAGCUGCGUCUCUGGGGCGAGUCUAUUGAUGCCGCGAAAGCCAAGCUUCUGCCUAUCCCCACCGAGCACGACGAUGACGACCACGACAAGAUCGAAGAUCAUCCCGCGCACACUACUUCAGUGUCUGUUCCUGCGGGUACUAAGCCAACCAUGACUGGCAACCCCUCUGAUCACCCUGAUCGUCCAGUGAACCAGAAGCCAUCUCAGACUUUGGCUGAUGUGCAACAGACAGUAACGGCUACCUCUUCACCCACGGCACCCACGGCAUCUUCCACUCCCGCUGAGAACCUCCUACCAAGCAUCUUCCCCACGUUCGGUGUCUCGAAACGGACGCAGAUCUGGAUCUACGGCUCGCUUGCUCUUAUUAUCGUUUUCGUUAUUGGUCUCGGCGCAUAUCUCUUCAUCGCCCGCCGGAAGCGACUCAGGGAUAGCAGAGAUUCGUACGAGUUCGAGGUUCUGGAUGAUAUCGAGGACAGGGAAGAUACUGGUAUGCUGGGCGCCGCUGCGGGUCGCAAGAAGCAUGCGAGGAGGGGCGGAGAGCUUUAUGAUGCGUUUGCUGGCGAAUCGGACGAGGACUUGCUGAGCGAUGAGGAUGGCGAUGAAGGCCCGUACAGGGAUCGCGAUGGAGACAGGUUCAACGAGAAGUUCGAGGCAGCGGAUGAAAGUGACGAGGGCACUGGUAGUAGCAGUAGCUCGGCAGGCAAGCGGCAGUAA